CAGCUCACGGCCUACGUCACACUAGUUGACGUGGAGGAAAAGAGUGUGGAUGACUGCCUGAUCAUCUCGUUCACUGCUCUCAAACAUUCCGCAAAAUGAUCAAGAAGUUUGACAAGAAGGACGAGGAGUCCGGAAGUGGCUCAAACCCUUUUCAACAUCUGGAGAAAAGUGCUGUUCUGCAGGAGGCUCGGAUCUUCAACGAGACGCCCAUCAAUCCUAGAAGAUGUCUGCACAUCUUGACAAAGAUCAUUUACCUGCUCAACCAGGGUGAACAUUUUGGUACCACAGAGGCUACUGAAGCCUUCUUUGCCAUGACAAGACUCUUCCAGUCUAAUGAUCAAACCCUGAGGAGGAUGUGUUACCUGACCAUAAAGGAGAUGGCUAACAUCUCAGAGGAUGUGAUCAUUGUUACCAGCAGCCUGACUAAGGACAUGACCGGUAAGGAGGAUGUGUACAGAGGCCCAGCCAUCCGAGCUUUGUGCAGGAUCACUGAUACUACCAUGCUGCAAGCUAUUGAAAGAUACAUGAAACAAGCCAUAGUGGAUAAAGUGCCCAGUGUUUCCAGCUCUGCUCUGGUCUCUUCACUGCAUAUGGUAAAGAUGAGCUUUGACGUUGUAAAACGCUGGGUUAAUGAAGCCCAGGAGGCUGCUUCAAGCGAUAACAUCAUGGUCCAGUACCAUGCAUUGGGUCUUCUGUAUCAUCUGAGAAAGAAUGACCGUCUGGCUGUGACCAAGAUGCUGAAUAAAUUCACAAAGUCUGGUCUUAAGUCUCCAUUCGCUUAUUGCAUGAUGAUUCGUAUCGCCAGUAAACUACUGGAAGAAACUGAAGGAGGACAUGACAGCCCAAUGUUUGACUUCAUCGAGAGCUGUUUGAGAAACAAACAUGAGAUGGUGGUUUAUGAAGCUGCGUCCGCCAUUGUCCACAUGCCCAACUGUACCGCCCGCGAGCUGGCACCUGCCGUCUCUGUUCUCCAGCUGUUUUGCAGCUCACCCAAAGCAGCCCUUCGAUACGCAGCUGUACGCACCCUUAAUAAGGUGGCCAUGAAGCACCCAUCAGCCGUGACCGCAUGCAAUCUGGACCUGGAGAACCUGAUCACCGACUCCAACCGCAGCAUCGCCACCCUGGCCAUCACCACCCUUCUGAAAACCGGCAGCGAGAGCAGCGUGGACCGCCUCAUGAAGCAAAUCUCCUCCUUUGUCUCGGAGAUCUCCGAUGAGUUCAAGGUGGUGGUGGUCCAGGCGAUCAGUGCCCUGUGCCAAAAGUAUCCCAGAAAGCACAGCGUGAUGAUGAACUUCCUAUCCAACAUGUUGAGAGAUGAUGGUGGUUUUGAGUACAAGCGAGCUAUUGUGGACUGCAUCAUCAGCAUCAUCGAGGAGAACCCAGAAAGUAAGGAGACGGGCCUGGCCCACCUGUGUGAAUUCAUCGAGGACUGCGAGCACACUGUCCUAGCUACGAAGAUCCUCCACAUGCUGGGAAAGGAAGGUCCUCGUACCCCCACCCCUUCCAAAUACAUCCGCUUUAUCUUUAACCGAGUGGUGCUGGAGAGCGAGGCGGUGCGGGCGGCCGCCGUCAGCGCUUUGGCCAAGUUUGGGGCUCAAAAUGAUGACCUGCUGCCCAGCGUCUUAGUCCUGAUGCAGAGGUGUAUGGUGGACAGUGAUGAUGAGGUGAGAGACAGAGCUACGUUCUACAUGAAUGUUCUCCAGCAGAAGCAGAAGGCCCUGAAUGCAGCUUACAUCUUCAAUGGUCUGUCUGUAUCCGUUCCUGGACUGGAGAAAUCUCUCCAUCAGUACACACUGGAGCCUACUGAGAAACCGUUUGACAUGAAGACCGUUCCCUUGGCAACCGCACCCAUCACCGAACAGAAAACAGAAAUCGCACCUGUGGCAACAAGCAAGCUACCUGAAAAGCUCGCACCUUCACGCCAAGACAUCUACCAAGAGCAACUUGCAGCCAUCUCAGAAUUCCAAGGCUUGGGACCUCUGUUCAAAUCGUCCGAGCCGGUUCAGCUUACAGAAGCGGAGACCGAGUAUGUGGUGCGUUGCAUCAAACACACUUUCGCAAGUCACAUGGUCUUCCAGUUCGACUGCACAAACACGCUCAACGACCAGCUGCUGCAGCGGGUUAUGGUUCAGAUGGAGCCUUCAGAAGCAUACGAGGUGCUGCAUUACGUACCCGCGGCCAACCUUGCAUACAGCCAGCCGGGCUCCUGUUACAGUCUGGUGCGGUUACCGGAGGACGACCCCACAGCAGUCUCGUGCACAUUCAGCUGUACGAUGAAAUAUCUGGUCAGGGACUGCGAUCCAAACACAGGAGAUCCUGAUGAUGAUGGUUAUGACGAUGAAUAUGUGCUGGAAGAUUUAGAGGUAACGGUAGCUGACCACAUACAGAAGGUAUUAAAGCCCAACUUCGGUGCGGCGUGGGAAGAGGUUGGUGAUGAGUUUGAGAAGGAAGAGACAUUCGCUCUGUCUACAGUCAGAACUCUAGAUGAGGCUGUAAAUAACAUCAUCACCUUCUUAGGCAUGCAGCCCUGCGAGCGCUCCGACAAAGUCCCUGAAAACAAGAACUCGCACGUUUUGUUCUUGGCUGGUGUUUUCAGGGGAGGUCAUGAUGUGCUGGUAAGGGCGCGGCUGGCUCUGGCUGAUGGGGUCACUAUGCAGGUGACGGUUAGGAGCACAGAUGAGAACGUGGUCGAUGUCAUCCUGGCAUCUGUUGGCUAACUGGACAACUUUGUGACCCGGUCACAUGCCAAUCAUUAAUGUUUUUUUAUAUAUAUAUGUCUAUUAUUAGACCCUGAUACGUGGAGUAUAUGUGAUUUCAUUUUUUUCACUACUAUCUCUCUGGCUCAACACAGUUUGUGAAAACAAAAUUAAGGUAAUGGCACUCAUGAAACAUCCUGUUAAUAUAUUUGACUUGCAUCACAGAGCUUUUUAAAUAGCAUGCGACUGUGGUGGAAUAAGAUCCUGUAUUUGAGUUUGCUUGGCCUUGUGCCAUCUCUAAUGGGAAACAAAUACUACAUGUGCAUUAAAACAGUUUAUUCUUUAUCAAUAAAAAAACGAUGCAAAGCACGAA